AUGACGAACGCAACCCGUACAGCCAAAGAGCUCCACAAUUUCUUCAACAAUUUCCGCACCCUUGGCGGCAGUGCCCUCGAGCAGGUUUUCUUAGACAAUGCUCGACGUGUCAGCACCCCCCUAGCCUUACCCAUGCUGGCGCAGAUGGGCUUGACAGAACAGACGAACACCCCGUUCACGCUCCUGGAGAAUGCGUGUGGUGUGGGCGUUGUGGCUCCCAUCUUGCAGCAGAUCGUCAAGCCCAAGGUGUUAAGCGAGAGCAAAAUUGUUUGUGGCGAUUUCUCAGAGCAAGUGGUUGAGCUAGCGAAGCAGAGGUCGGAGAGAGAUAAGUGGGUGAAUACGGAGGUGAAACAGGUUGAUGCCCAGAAAACUGGUUUCGACGACGCUACAUUUACACAUGUCGCUACCAAUAUCGGGUUUCAUGUGGUACCUGACUCUGAAAGCGCCUUGAACGACGCGAUUCGCAUUCUCAAGCCUGGUGGCGUCCUCGGGUUUACGACUUGGCACCGGGAGGUCGGCUGGGCAACUGAGCUCCGCGAAGCCUUCCAGACUUUUCCUUUUGAGGCGCCGUGGGAGAUGGCGUUACAAACCACUCCGUGGGGCAACUGGAGUGAUGUGAACUGGAUCCGGAAAACGCUCGAGGGAAAAGGUCUGCAGGAUGUGAACGUGGAGGUGUUUGCCUUCCUAAGCCGUAUGGAUAGUACGGAGUAUUUCUUGAACACCAGUGGCCCAAUGUUGGAAUUCCUGAUGAAGAGCUGCUGGUCCGAAGAGCUGCGGAACGAACACCCCAAGGAGGAGGUUCUUGGGCUCCUGAAGGAGCUCUUGGACAAGAAAUACGGGGGCGAGGGGUGGAAUCUCGCGGCAAUUCUGACCGCCCUCGGGUCCAUCGAUCGUCGACUAAACCGCAUCGAGACUGCGUUGAAAAUCCCGGGCUUCAAUAGUUCGCAUUCUCCUGCUCUCGCGGGUGUUCCGUCGACGUCUUCCCCCACAAACCCCGCGGCGGCUGCGGCCGCCGCUGCUGCUGCCGCUGCGCAGGCAGGCCCCGCGGGGCACAUCGCACCUGCCCCGCAACGCCCCCCACUACCAGCCGUACCACCCCCACCAACACUUCCAGGCCUUCAUCAACCACCACCGCCGCCACCAUCAUCCGGGAGUCUUCUCACAAACGACAAUACAACAAACCUCAAUCCCAAUGUCCAUGCUCUCACCACCACCCUGGCCGCUCUCGAGCCUCCUCCGCAAGGAUACACCGUCUCGUCGCGCGCCUCGAUGCAGGAUGAGUUGGACCAGUGGACGUUACCGCGCGGGUAUAGCAUGCGGAUCGCGGGUGCGAAGGUGACGGGCAAGCGGAAGGUGCGAUGGGUUUGUUUUCGUGGCGGCGAGGCAAGACACCACCGGGCUCCGGUGGACGAAGCUGUACUGAGGCAGGCGAAGGCCGAGGGACGUCGUAAGCCGACGACAGACCGCGCCAGCAAGAAGUGCGGGUGUUUAUUCAAGUUCGAGCUCAUCGAGACGGUGAAGGACAGUGAUGUGUGGGUGUUGCACUACCCAAACGAGAUGCACAAGGUGCACAACCACGGCCCGUCGGAUACCACCACCGACCCGCGAGCGCGCAAGUUGCCGGGGUACAUGGCUACGGAGGUGGACCGUUGGUUACAGGAAGGGUGGUUGGUUAGUAAAAUCCAGGAGGAGCUGAAGACGAGAGGGUUUACAAACGUUCUCAAUACGGAUUUGUAUAACCGGAAGAGGGUGCUGAAAAAGGGCAACGGGCGGCUGGAGGAGGCGGCUUAA